AUGGCCAGCCCGUUCGCUCUCUCGCUGCCUCCACCCCUCCGCCAUUUCUUUUCGCUCUUUCCUCUCUAUACACACCCGCCAAUCUUCUCUGACGACAAGGCGCGCCCGGUCACCUCGCCGACCCUCUGGAUCCACCCUCCCUGGAGCCCGGACGCGGACGUGCUGAGUAGCGACGUCGAAUGUCUCAAAUGGCAGGCCUACCUCGCUCUCCGCGGGCUCUCUGACGUCGCCAUCCGCUGGGACGUCUCCGCGGACGGCGCGCUGGACAACCGUCUUCCUAACCUGCACGUCCCGCUGAAGACGCUGCAGGGCGCGUCGGACGCGGUCAAGGAGCAGGAAGACGGAGAGGGGGAGCUGCUGCCCGCGCACCUCAUCCCCGAAUGGGUAGACGGACGUGUCGGUGCGCUUGACGAGCUCGAGGGGUAUGUAGACGAGGCAGCGCGCGACGAAAGCCGCGCAUGGGUCUCACUCCUCGAGGGCAAUGUGCAUGCAGCGCUGGUUCUGAAUCAGCCCUCUACUACGACACUGCUGAGUCUCCUGUCGCCCUACAAGACCAAGCCGCGCUCGCUGGAAGUAGUCGUUGCCCACCCACCGGCUCCGCUCUUUGGCAUCAGCUCCCUAUUGCCCUCAUACGGGACGCACGUCAACGUAGAAGCAAUCGAGCAACAGUACAAAGAGGCCAUUGCCUCGCUCUCCGAGCGACUUGGUACCGACAAGUGGUUCCUCGGCUCGUCAUCUCCCACCGCGUUGGACGCGCUCGUGUUCGCGUAUUUGCACUCCAUCUUGCAUUCCAAGGAGCACACCCUUCGAUUCGAGGUGACCCGGCGCGUGAACCUCGUAGCUUGGGAACGCCGCGUACAGAGCCAAGUUCGCGGUGCCUUCCGCUUUUUGGAGGCCACGUCGACACUUGUGCAAUAAACGACCUUGACUGGGCUUUCAUGAGCUAUCUGCAACUACUUCGAGUAGUACUACCUGUAAAGGUGUUGUUUGUCUAGACAUAUACCAUUUAGCAACACCAAAUUUUAUACGCGCUAUGAGCGGCGCAGGGUUUGCCGCCUG